AUGGCAGCCUCUUCAUUGAACCCAAAAUUCCAUAACCAUGCUCGUUCUAAUAGUUUGCCCUCUAAGCCACACCCUAUAAUCCUACAAUGCAAUGAACACUUAGCCAGAUUAGGGGCUUACGAAGCUAGCUCCUCUUCUUCAUUGCUGAUGCAAAAACUAAGUGGUCUGCAGGAUUUGCAUGACUGCAUUGACAAAUUGGUUCAACUCCCCUUAACUCAAGAAGCACUUGUCAAUGAACACCAAGAGAAAUGGGUGGAUGAUCUCUUGGAUGGAUCUCUAAGGCUCCUUGAUGCAUGUACAGCAACCAAAGAUGCAUUACUUCACACAAAGGAGUGCACCCGGGAACUACAGUCAACUAUAAGAAGAAGAAAAGGAGGGGAAGUGGAGCUCAUGGUAGAGGUUAAAAAAUUCUUAACCUCAAGGAAGGUGGUGCGAAAGGCCAUAUUCAAAGCCUUGGAGAAUUUAAAGGGUAAUGCAAAUAAAUGCAACUUUUCUAUCACCAACAAAGACUAUCAAACCCUGGCCUUGGUUAGCUUGUUCAAAGACGCUGAAGGGGUCACUUUUUCCAUAUUUGAGUCAUUGCUGAAUUUUUUUUCUGGGUCAACAAUAUCAAAACGAAGCAGCUGGGCUUUGGUUUCAAAGCUAAUGCACAACAAAAGGGUAGGCCACACACAAGGAACAGAUGAGAAUGAGUUUGCAAAAGUGGAUGCUGCAUUGCAGUUCUUUGUAUUCAACAUGGCAACCAAGUCAAACGACAUCAAUGAUUUGCAAAAAAAGUUAGAGAAAUUGGGAUCCUGUAUGCAAGACCUUGAAGAAGGACUUGAGUCACUGUUUAGGCGUUUGAUUAAAAUCAGAGUUGCCCUUCUCAACAUCCUUAAUCACUAG